GUCAAAAACUGGCGAUGUAUAGUUAGCAUUAAGUUGAAAGUAAUUGUAAUUGCAUAUUAUAAGUGCGAACAUCAAUGAAGCGUUAUGAAUUAUUAAUAACCAGUUGGUCAUAGUUGGAAUUACAACAUGGCAUCUCGCAGAUGGUUUCAUCCGAAUAUAUCGGGUUUAGAAGCAGAACGUUUAUUAAUGGAACGGGGUUAUGAUAGUUCAUUUUUAGCACGUCCAAGUUCAUCUAAUCCUGGUGAUUUUACAUUAUCUGUUAGGCGGAAUGGUGAAGUAACUCAUAUUAAAAUACAAAAUACAGGGGAUUUUUAUGAUCUUUAUGCUGGGGAAAAAUUUGCAACGUUAUCAGAACUUGUACAAUUUUAUAUGGAAAAUGGAGGACAGUUGCGUGAAAAGAAUGGGGAAAUUAUUGAACUGAAGUAUCCAUUGAAUUGUGCAGAUCCAACAACUGAAAGGUGGUUCCAUGGCCAUUUAUCAGCUAAAGAAGCAGAACGUUUAAUGCUGGAGCGAGGUAAAAAUGGAUCUUUUCUGGUUCGUGAAUCCCAGAGUAAACCUGGUGACUUUGUAUUAUCUGUACGCACAGAUGAUCGUGUUACACAUGUAAUAAUACGAUCUCAGGAUAAUAAAUAUGAUGUUGGAGGAGGUGAUAAAUUUGAUAGCUUAAGUGAUCUAAUAGAGCAUUAUAAACGUAAUCCAAUGGUUGAAACAAGUGGAAGCGUUGUCCAUUUACGACAACCUUUUAAUGCUACUCGUAUAAAUGCCAGUGGCAUUGAAAGUAGAGUAAGGCAACUACAUAAAGAAAACGGUUGUUCAAAUGGCUGGUUAUGGAAUGGAGCUACAGGUAGUAAUGAAAGUGCAGCAGGACGUGGAAAAGGAAAAGCAGGAUUUUGGGAAGAAUUUGAGUCACUGCAACAGUUAGAAUGUCGUCAUUUGUUUUCCAGGAAAGAAGGUUUACGUCCCGAAAAUCGAGCAAAAAAUCGAUAUAAAAACAUUUUACCAUUUGAUCAUACAAGAGUACGUUUGAAGGACGUUGACCCAAAUAUUCCCGGAUCUGAUUACAUUAAUGCUAACUAUAUUAGGAAUGAAGAUGGAGAUGGACAAACUAGUGGAAUUAAUACUUGUAGUGAUGGUGGUUCUUUUAAUAAAUGUUAUAUUGCAACACAAGGUUGCCUUCCAAAUACAAUCCAAGAUUUUUGGCAUAUGGUGUAUCAAGAAAAUACACGAGUAAUAGUUAUGACGACUAAAGAAAUGGAAAGAGGAAAAAAUAAAUGCGCUCGGUAUUGGCCAGAAGAAGGUGAAGUUACAGAAUAUGGAGGUGAAUGGAAAGUGCGCGCUUUGUCUCGUACUUCAACAGCAGAUUAUACAUUACGGGAAUUUUUAUUACAUGGGAGCAAACCAGGUUUUACAGAAUCCAGAUUAAUUUACCAUUACCAUUUUCAAGCAUGGCCUGAUCAUGGUGUUCCAUCUGAUCCUGGAUGUGUAUUAAAUUUUCUUCACGAUGUGAAUGCGAGACAAGAAUCAAUUGCUGCUUCUCUUACUUCAACUGGCCAAACUGUACUAAACAUAGGGCCAAUUCUUGUACAUUGCAGCGCUGGAAUUGGUAGAACUGGAACAUUUAUUGUUAUCGAUAUGAUUCUGGAUCAAAUCAAGCGUCAUGGGUUGGAUUGUGAAAUUGAUAUUCAAAGAACAAUUCAAAGAGUACGUUCACAAAGAUCAGGAAUGGUUCAAACAGAAGCACAAUAUAAAUUCGUUUAUCUCGCUGUAUUACAUUAUAUCGAAACUGUAUCUCAACGAAUAGAAGCAGAGCAAAAAUCUCUUCAUUUAGGUCGAGAAUAUACUAAUAUCCGUUAUAAAAGCGAAACAAAUGUCACGAAUAUGGGCGAAAUUCCGGUCCCUACAUGUACUGCGACAACUCUUUCAACGUCAGCACAUUUUACAUUACCCACAGCUAUCAAUAGUUUGAGGCCAAAGUAAUUAACACUAAUUUCA